AUGUCUAGAGUGUCAGCUAGAAGUAAUAAGGGGAUCCAUCGAGGUCGUGAGGAUGAAUAUCGUUAUGAAGACAUUGACACUGAAGUUACCACCGAGGAUAAACAAACUGCAUCGAGUGGCAAAGAGACGGAUGCAACUACUACUACUACUACUACCACAAGCACCACAUAUAACGACGCUAAAUCCCGUGAUGAUCCGGAGUAUGUUGACAAUGGUCAAGUAGAUGCUGAUGAUGCUGAUCACGAAGAGAUAAAUUGUGGUCCUUGUGGAACGACGACAGAAAAUUUUGAUGAAGAUACAGAUCCAUAUGGUGACAUGGUUCAAUGUGAAAAGUGCAAUACUUGGCAACAUAUAAAGUGUAUGGGAUUGAAAAAGAGGUCGAUACCAGAUGAUUAUAUUUGUGAUCAAUGUUCAGGCAAUCCUAGACCCAAAAUUAAAAAGAGAAAUCUGUCAACUUCUUCUGCCGCUGCAAAAGGAGAUCCUAGUGCUAAAAGAAGAAAAAGCUCCACUGCUCAAAAUCCCAAUGGCGGUCAAUCUCAAACACAAUCCCCAACUGCUCUUGAUGGACCAUCGAGAAUUCUUGAAGCUUUAAACGAUCCAACACGAAUUAGUAUCGCUAGAGCAUUUUACAAUUUCUUUAAGAAGGCGUAUCCAGUCAAAGAGGGUGAAACAGUUAGUGAUGAAACCAAAGAUGACAAAGCCACAUCCUUGGCAUUGGAAGUUGAGGAUAUCAUUGACCGUGAAUUCCCAGUCAAGACAGCCAAAGCAAAAUACACUGAUGAAAGUCGAAGAGUCUUGUUUGUUUUGAAAAAACACUUCACCAAUGAUAUCUUUGCUGGUAAAAUUACUUUAGAUGAUGUUGUAAAAAAGACACCACAAGAAAUCAAUGAAGACAUUGCUAGAAUUGAACAACAAAAUAAAGAAAAUAUUAAAAACAUAGUCUUGGUUGAAAUUGAACAAGAUCAAAUCGUUAGAAGAACUCAUAAAGGUGAAAUUAUCAAGGAAAAUGAGAAUGAAAUUGUUGAUCAAAUCGAUGAUAGUAUAGCUACUAGGAAGGUUGAUCAUCGUCGAUUCUCACAUCACGAUUCUACUGCCCCAAUGAAAAUUAUGCAUUCAUCAAUUGAGCAUACUGCUUACAAUAAUGCUAAUCCAAGGUUAGGUGGUGGUGAUUUUUCAAGUGAUAAUGAACACAGUGAUAUUGCAAAUGCUCCAAGUGAUUAUGACAGCGGUGUGGAAAGUGAUGUAGGCGAAGUAGAUGGGGAUAAAGAAAAUGUUGAUGAAAAUGACAGCAGUGCUAAAGGCAAACCUAGUGUUAAUGAAGAGGCAAAUAUUGAUAAUAAAUCCACUAGUUCUCUUAGUGAUGCUCAAGCUAGUGAAACACCAGAUGAAGAGAAAUUAGGUCCAAUCUUGGGUGAAAAAUUGAAAAAGGUCACCGGAGGAGACAGGGAUGACUCUGAAUCGAAAGAAGCUCCCCCAUCAAAGCAACGAGUUUGGAGUGGAUCACUAACGUUUCCUGACUUUGCCCAAUUCAAUGCCGACGCUACGUUUUACUCAUCUACUGAUAUAGAUUCCGGUUACGAAAUCCCACUCCAAACCGCCAAAUCAAUCUUUGUCGAACCGAAAUAUGUUAUUCAAGGUAAAUUGGGCCGUGAUAGGUGUGACUCCUAUUUGAAUGCAAUUGUAUCAACACGAAACUUGUAUAUUGUACAAAUCUCACCUAGUGAUGACGCAAUCGAUAAAGAUAGAAACAAACGUCAUUUUGACAAAUUGUAUCAUUUCUUGAUUAAAGAAAAUCGAGUUGGCGUUUUGAGUGGUAAACCCCCAUUUGUUAAAGAUUCUUACUUGAUGCCUAUUGAUUUCAGAGAUCCUCAUUUGGCUCAAGUUUUAACAAAUCAUAAACGUGAUCAGCAUGGAGUUGAAAUUGGCUUGUUUGCGGUGUUUGUUGUACAAAAGAAUUAUACUCCUAAUGGAUCUGGCGCCAAUAGCGUUCGCAGUAGUGGGAAUCAUGGCGAUGUGCAUAGACCUAGUUAUGCACGUGGUGGACCUAGUUAUUCAGAUGUUAGCAGUACUCUGGUGCCCCAAGCGCCAUCGCACAAUGAUAGCAAUGAUUUGCAUUCGAUCUUGAAUCAAUUGCAUUAA